ACCGGAUCCGGGGAGGCGGGGUGCGGGUCUCGCCCGGUUUCCGGCGGAAGUAGGCGGUAGUCGGUAACGGACGAUGGAGAGCGGCAGACCGCCCGCCUUCGACCGGGCGCCGGGAGCGGGUCGCGGCCGAGGCCGGGGCUCCCGGGCCCAGGGGCACGGCGACGGCGCGCAGGAGAACGGGCUGUGCGGCGGCGGCGGCGGCGGCGGAGCGGGGAGCGGGCCUGCUCCCCUCAACCUCACUCCAGCCUCGGGGACCGGGUCCGCGGCCCCCUGCGCCCCCGCCCUCUUGCAGGGCAACGGCGUCCAUGUCAAGAGCGGUAUCCAGCAGCAAGAGCCCCUGAGGCAGCCCAGGAGCAGCCCGCCCGCCGCGGACUUCACCGACAGCGCUAACCGUGGGCAAACAACCUUGGGAUCCCAUGACCAGUAUCUGUCGCACGGCACAAAUACCGCCCUGGUUAAACCACAGAGAGCGGAGACGAUCACCAUCCAGUCAAAACUGUCAGCAAGUGCUCCAGAAUUCUACCCACCUGGCUUUGUGGGGGUCGCAUCGCACCUUGUGAUUGACAGUGUCUCUGCUGAUGUCAUGCCACCAUCCUCGCACUUUAAUGAGCACCCUGUGAUUAACAGUGUCUCUGCUGAUGUCAUGCCACCAUCCUCGCACUUUAAUGAGGUAGUGCCAGAUGAGCCCUACGUGGAUUUUGAAGUAUUUCCUGAGCCCUCACUAUCCGACUAUCUCCAAGAUUUCCUGAGUCUUUUGACCUCUCACCCUGGGAGCUUUGAACUGGAGAUUGUGCAGUUUACCGCACAGAUGAACAGCUGUGUCAACACAGAUGAGGCACUAAAAGAAGUGGUGGAGAUAAUCUACCAGCAGGCAACGACAGUGCCCAACUUCACAUACACAGGGGCUCGGCUGUGUAACUACCUAUCACAGAAUCUAUCUGUUAAUCCCAGAGAUCACAACUUCCGUGACCUUCUGUUAGAGAGGUGUCAGAAGGAAUUUAAGAAGAGGGGCGAGGCAGCAGCAGGUGAUGAAGAGACCAGAAAGAAAUUUCAUUCAUUUGUACUGUUUUUGGGUGAGCUGUAUCUCAACCUGGAGGUCAAAGGUGUAAAUGGAACAAUGGCACGGGCCGACGUUCUGGUGACUGGACUCCGUGAAUUACUGAACACGCUGCUCUCUCAACCUACUGAUGAUAACCUCAUCUGUGCUAUGAAAUUGCUGAAGCUGACAGGAUCAAUAUUGGAAGAUUUCUGGAAGAAGAACGGAAAAACUGAUAUGGACGAUGUAAUUCAGCAAGUUGAGAAUGUUAUUCUGGAUUCCAAAAGCAGUCGAGAUAUCAGGCACAUGCUAUUGAAGCUGGUGGAGUUGCGGUCUAGUAACUGGGGUCGUGUUCACACAGCAGUUACAUAUAAUGAAGCUACACCUGAAAAUGAUCCCAACUAUUACAUGAAUGAGCCCGUAUUUUAUUCAGCAGAGGGUAUCCCUCUCACUCCAGCAGACCCAGGAGGAGGUACAGGAGCCUGAAGACACAUAUUCAACGUUUCAGGAACAACAUCUUCCCCUCCACCAUCAGAUUUCUGAAUGGACAAUAAACCCAUGAACACUACUUCACAAUUUUUAAAAACUUUUUCAUAUGUAUUUCUUAUUUAUAGUUUUUAACUUAUUAUGUAUCGCACUGUACUGCAAAACAACACAUUCCACGACUAUGCCAGAGAUAUAAAACCCUGUUCUGAUUCUGACAUGACUUGCAAAUAAAGGAGAACCUUGAACCUGUUCUGUUAAGUGCUGAGAACAGUCAGGAAAUACCAAGUAUGAACUACCAGUCUACACCACGGGAUUAUAUACUUGCUAGACGCUGUGCAAAUGGCAGAACUAAGUGAUCGGAUCAAAGCUGUGCGAUUCCUCUGUCACUUGUUUGUAAAAGGCGGUGAGCAGUAAGGCAACUAAUGGGCGGAGGCAUCUCUGAGAACAUCCCAAACCUGAUUGCAGAUGUUCAGCCAGAACUCUCAACUUCCCAGUAUCCAGUCUUCAGCCAAGUUGACUCACGGUCUGUGUUAAGAACUGUUGGAUCCUGAUGCUUCUGCAAUCCAAAGGUUCCAAAGUCAAGUCAAGAAUGAGGCAUAAAUCUUGCUGCUUUAUUAAAUGAAACCAGAGUGAAAUAGAAAGAGCUGAGUGAACAAAGAACAAAAGAAAAGCAGUUGUGGUCAUCUCAUCAACUAGCAAUAAUAAAGCUCCAAGGGGUAACAGAGAGGCCCUCUGUACGGGCUCAACCCUGGAUAUUGCAUCCUAGCUACAUGUUAUGCAAGCUGGUCAGUACGAUGUGGAGAGCAAGCUGUUGCCCAUGUCACAGUCUACCCCUCUCACAUUGUUCAUAAAUCCAAAGGAAUGGUAGAGACAUACAUUUUGGUACCAACAGUGACACAGGAGUUGCCAGUCAGCAUUCAACUUAAUGUAGGAUUGCCUGAGGGACUCUGGCUCUGGAUUUUCCCCUGGGGAUAACUCCUGAAACCUUCUCCACGAGUGGGUAUAGUGGAGGUUUGAGAUCAGUUUUCCAACUUCCAGAUAAGCUGCCAGCCACAGCUGAUGAAUCCCACCUGCCCGAAGCGAAUGGUUUUAAGGUGCCAGUAAACCACCUUCACCCCUCCUCUAGUAAGUUGAAAUGGUUCCACCAGGCUUACUAGCAAAACCACACUUAAAGGCUAGGAGCAGGACUUGGUUGUCAGAGGCUAUUUGAAAUGCACGCCAUUGGGAACAUUUAAUAGGUAGUGCGAGCUUGUCAGAUUCACGUAGUGUGAUACCUGCUACUGAAAAGUAAGAAGUUUUUAGAAAAAUACAGAGGCAACUGUGCUGUAAUUAGGGGAAAAUUCACUGAACAAUUACAGGUAUAUGUGUAAUUAUAUCAGUACAAACAAGCAAGAUGGCGCCAACAACCAAUGUGACCAACAGCAACAUUCUACAGACAGUUCACAAAACUACUUUUACUUUCAAAUAUGUUUCUAUUACUGACCUGUGUGUGAUUGGAACCUGUGGUUUACAUUUUGAUUAUGUGUUUUUGGGCCGAUUGAGCAAUCUGGCGCUUUGCUCUCUCCAAGAGAGAUCAGUGAGAUGGAGUGGAGUGCAGCCUGCAGAAGGGUCGCGAGCCCACAGUAGACUUCAUUGCUUCUCUCUGAGGAGUCAAGGGUGCAAGCCCAUGAUUGAUUCCACUGUUUCUCUCCAGUUGAGGCGUUGAGCAGUUUUGAAGUUGAUGAAGAUGAGAGCGGAGUAUCGUCAGGUGUCUGGUGCUGUCUGCCUGCAUUUGACCAGUCCUCCUCUCCCUCUUGAUAGCUACUGUCGGAGGAAGUGCAGGAAUCUUGGUGUCCAUGUUACAAGGGUUGAUCAAAGAGGCUGUGGAUUCUUUUGGGGGGAAUUUGAGAUUUAUAUUGCAUGUGUUCCUGGAUUCUCAUUUCUUUGCUGGUUUUGAGCGGUUUGGGUGGAGCAAUCAAUGCAGACUGGAGUGCUUCAGUGAAGAAUGACCAUGCAGCCAGCAGUGGACUAGAGAGAUGGCACGAACCUGAAUGCUACUGGACCUGGUUUGACGUUUGAUACUGUGUGUUAUUCACUGGUUUUUUGCAGUUUGUGCAAAUUGUUCUUAUUUUGCACAUUUGGUCUUUGAUGCUUUCUUUGAAUGGGUUCCAUGGUGUUUCUUUGUCUCGUGGUUGUCUGUGGGAGGACAAAUCUGAGUUGUAUUCUGUAUACAUACUUAGAUAAUAAAAGUAUUUUGAAUCUAUAAA